AUGGCCCACAGUGGCAAGCAGCUGCCCGCCGCCGGGCUACAUGCCACGGGCAAAGCUCAGCAUGGAAAUUUCCUGGUGGCUAUCAAGCAGGAGAAGGGAGAGUCGACACGGACAAGUGGCGAGAAGCCGCACAGCGAGCCGGUGAAGAAGAGGGGCUGGCCCAAGGGCAAGAAGAGGAAGAAGAUUCUUCCCAAUGGCCCCAAAGCUCCUGUGACGGGUUACGUGCGUUUCCUGAACGAGCGGCGUGAGCAGAUCCGCACCCAGCAUCCUGAUCUGCCCUUCCCAGAGAUCACCAAGAUGCUGGGGGCUGAGUGGAGCAAGCUGCAGCUGUCGGAGAAGCAGCGGUACCUGGAUGAAGCGGAGCGGGAGAAGCAGCAGUACAUGAAGGAGCUGCGGGAAUACCAGCAGUCAGAGGCUUACAAGAUGUGCACGGAGAAGAUUCAGGAGAAAAAGAUCAAAAAAGAGGACACAGGCUCUGUGGCGGUGAACACGCUGCUGAACGGGCACCCGCACAAGGCUGGCGAGUGCAGCGACACCUUCUCCACCUUUGACGUUCCCAUCUUCACAGAGGAGUUCUUGGACCAAAACAAAGCCCGGGAGGCUGAGCUGCGGCGCCUGCGGAAGAUGAACACGGAAUUUGAGGAGCAGAAUGCCAUCCUGCAGAAGCACACGGAGAGCAUGAACUGCGCCAAGGAGAAGCUGGAGCAAGAGCUGGCCCAGGAGGAGAGGCAGACCCUGGCCUUGCAGCAGCAGCUCCAGUCCGUGCGGCAGGCCCUCACCGCCAGCUUCGCCUCCCUCCCCCUCCCAGGCACGGGGGAAACCCCCACGCUGAGCACUCUGGAUUUCUACAUGGCCAAGCUGCACAGCACCAUCGAGAGCAACCCGCUGCAGCAUGAGAAGCUGGUCGUGCGCAUCAAGGAGAUCCUGUCGCGGAUAGCCAG